AUUUAGACUUUGCGUCAUUCCAUAUGAUUUUCUCAUUUCUAUUCCGUUUUUAAAUAAUGAGCUUUCACAAGGCGGUCGAGGUGCAUGACCACUUAAGCUCGCGAUGACGAUCAGGUCACUCUCUUCUCUGAUCUAAUUAAAUAAUUAAAAGUGAUAUUUGUGAUAUAUUUUCGUUGAAUAAUGUUACAAAGGACUCGGUUGCAAAGCAGCGAAACAAGUGUUGAAAUAUUUUUUCUGAACUGUUUUUAGUGUCUUAUUCAUCGAACAAACGACAUAUUUAGAUCGAAAUUCCUCAAUUGAAUAAUGGGACUGCUGUUUGCCAAACUGUGGAGCCUCUUUGGCAAUGAAGAACAUAAAAUAGUGAUAGUAGGAUUGGACAAUGCUGGGAAAACGACUAUAUUGUACCAGUUUCUAAUGAACGAAGUGGUCCAUACGAGCCCUACCAUAGGUUCAAACGUGGAAGAAGUCGUUUGGAGGAAUAUCCAUUUUAUAAUGUGGGAUUUGGGGGGGCAACAAUCGCUAAGGGCAGCUUGGAGUACUUAUUACACAAAUACAGAGUUCGUUAUAGUUGUUGUGGAUUCGACGGACAAAGAAAGAUUGUCGAUGAUACGGGAGGAACUGUACAAAAUGCUAGCAAAUGAAGAACUUUCGAAAGCAGGUGUUCUAGUUUACGCGAAUAAACAAGACGUAAAAGGCUCGAUGUCGGCGUCGGAAAUAUCCAAAGAACUCGAUUUAACUUCGAUUAAACAACAACAAUGGCACAUCCAGUCUUGUUGCGCCCUUACGGGUGAAGGGUACGUGGAAUUUAUCAUUAAUUUAUCGUUCGAUUACAUUCUAGAAAAAGUACAGUAUCAAGAAGGCAUAUGGACAGAUUUCAUAAUAAAGCGGUGAAGUACAUCCUUUAAAUAAAGGAAUCUUUAGGAUAAAGUGUUCUUUAAGGGUCGAUUUCAUAGUAAAGGGUCAAACGAGGGGUUAUAAUUUUUCGAUAAAAGGAAGGUAUUAGAUAAAAUGUCCUUUAUAAGGGUCGAUUUCAUAACAGGCAUUAAAUAUUCCAUAGUUACUUUUAAUAAUUAUAAAACAAUGGCAGUUAUUUAACAUUUCUAUUAUGAAUAUUUAAUCUAAAAAUUUUUAAAAGUGUAAAAAAUGUAUUCUUGCUAUUUAAGUUACGCCUAAUUUUUAAAAUUUUAAUCUCGAAUUUAACAUAUUUCAAGGAUUUCUUUGUGAACGUAUCAAAAAUAUGAAAAUGUUAACAAUUCACUGAUUAUUUUGUUUACAAAAAAACGCCAAUGUGAAUAAUAAUAUUAAUUCGCAACACGAUGUUGGUCAUAUUUAAAUGAUGAAAGGCGUUUCAUUAAUUUAUUAGUAGGUAAAGUUUAUCCGAUCUUAAAAGAGUGACGUAAUUUUUAGUGAUUUUUUAGUUAGUUGCCAAAAUGUUAAUUCUGUCAUUUGACUAGGGGAAUUUUACGAUGUGCGGUUGAAAUGUCAAUGCGUUGUUGCCAUAUCGUUACACUCAAAAUUCCGCUUUUUCUUUUCCUAUUUUUCUGUGUGUUUUUCGUGAGUUCUGUCAUUGUCUAUUUAGAAGGGAUAAGUUUUAAUAAUAUACAUACAGUUUGUGCAAAACAAAUUUCAAUACACAUCACUAAUGUCGUCAUAUUUGUCCAACAUUAUGACAAACUUUUAAAAAUUUUAACUUAUGUAAUUCGGAUUAAUUUUAAUUCUUUCACUUUGUUUUUUGUAGGUUGUAUCAAGGUUUAGAAUGGAUAGUGAGCAGACUGAAGAAAAAAUGACAUCGUGGAGGAUUUUAGUUUAUGUUAUAUCGUUAUUUGUUGUAAAAAAGUUGAAGAAAACAAUCUGCUGUUCCUUGUACAGAACGUUUCUCAUAUUGAGAAAAUUCGACAUUUUCAAAAGAAAAAAAAAUUGACUGUUGUUGCAUUUCAUAUUUUAAGACUUUGUCUGGGGAAUAUUUAAGGAAUUUUUUCACCAGCAGUUUUUAUCGUUUUUAUUAACCCGACAGAGCGAAGAAUAAUACAAAAAAUCCUUUUAAUAAUAUAUACAAUUUUUUUUAAUUUUUACAUCACAAAAAUUCUUGUAAUAAAUUUCGAAAAAAUAUUUUUGAUUUGGCAAAUUAAGGAAUACAAGUUUAAUGAUCUCAUUUAAUAUACUUCAUUUCAAAUACAGGAUGUUCCACUGAAUAAUUAUCCCUUUAAUUAUUCAGGUGUUAUUUAGAUACACCCUGUAUGAUGGGCGUUGAACAUUAUUUUUCUUUCUGGAAAUUUAGUUUUAAUUUUUUUUUCAUUUUGAACCAUUAAGCUUAUCACUUUACGUUAAUAAGGUGAUACGAGUUUGAAAUAACUUCGUUUCUAAUUACUAAAUGCCAAAAUUUUUUCUAGUAUGAGUUGCUCAUUUAAUAAGAGCCUUUUCACACGGUGCAAUAUAUUGCAAUUUAUAUAUUGAGCGAUCACCUUGAAAUCCUGCAUUCGUCCGCCGAUUCAUCACGCCGAAGCCGCGCCUCUCCUCAGUUCGACUGAUUCUCUCUUUCUACUGAUUGCAGCGCUCGAACAUGGACGCUCGGUAUAUUGCAGUAAUGUAUGGCUGCAAUCUUUUGCAUCCCAGUUAAAAUACAAGCGUUCAAAUGCGCUGUUUUCACACCUAUUCGAUACGAUUAUUUUUAUUAACGCUUGUAUAAAAACUGCAAUGCAAUACUGCAGCAAUAUAUUGCAUAGUGUGAAAAAGCUCUAAAGGUGAUAAUGGAAUGGAUGAGUUUUUUAAUGAAUUUAAGCGUUUUGUAAACUGGAAUAGUUGUAUUAUUUUAGUUACCAGUAGAUAAUAUGAUUGUUUUUAUACGAAUAGUGGAAAUUGAACAAGAUCAUUCUGAUUGAUUUUGUCGUGUUUCUGUCGUUUUUGAAUUAAUUUAAAUUAUUAGUUUUUAUCGCUUCCUGUUGUGGCGUAACGAGGAGUAUCUGAUAAUAUUUUUAUAAACACCAAUAAAUGAUAUUUAACUUCAGUAGAAGAUGUUAUUUUCUUCUUACAUUAUUAGAAUUAAUACAAUAUUACUGUUAUACAGUGUGACAAUUUAAAAACUUGCUACAUAUAUCUACUGGCUAUAUCUCACAAACGAUAGGUGAUAAUUUAUUUAAUAAAAAUAGUACCUACGAACACUUAUCAUUGAAAAUUUGGUAAUUUUUGAUACACCCUAUACAAUUAUUAUUUAUAAUAUUGGGUAACAUUUUUUGUAAGCUUUUUAAUGAUGUAUCACAUGUAGGGGUUUCCUAUUUAAUUUUUUUUAGUUGUGGUAGGUGGGGGUGAGUUCUCUUUUAUGUCAUAUUAGUUCCCCCUUUCUCUCUUCGAAACGAUUUUAAGCAUUUUUUGAUAUCAUCUUCCGUUUGUUAGAUAUAGCCCGCUGUAAGUUUUUAAAUUGUCACACGGUAUAAUUGGUAAUAAUACUAUAGGUACUCACCUUGUAUCUCGAUCACUUCAAAAAUUCAUCUAAUUAAAAUUUGAAAAUGUCAAUUCAUCAGUCAAUAUGGAGAAUCAAAGUUAGUAAAACUAUGAUCAGAUGCUAUUGUGUAUUUUAUGAAAUUUGUAUGAAGCAAAACCUGUUUACUUACAGAAUGUGUUUCGAAUAGUAAAUGGAAUUAUUUCUGGGAUGAUUGACUAUGAAAAUUAAAAAUUUUUUUUUGGAGCACGCUAUAUAUUUUUUACUGGCAAUUUUUUGCCGAAUUAUUUUCUAAUUUUAAUUUGAAUGAUUUAUCGAUUGUACAAAAGCAGUAUGUUAAGUUUUUUAUUUAUGGUUAGUUAUUUUUUUACAGAAUUUUGCGAUUCUUUUCCAUUAUUUUCAUUAGACCAUAAUUUUUCUACUCGUAAAAUCAUUAGGUUGUGAUUAUAAAGAAAUACUACUUUCGCUACUACUUUUGUUUAAUAAUAAAAAUAUUACAAAAAUACAUUCAUUUUUAGCGAGGUUAUAGAUUAUUUUUAUAUCGCCAGAAAACUAAAUCCGUUUUAAUUUAUAUUUAAAUUCGAUUUCAUUUCGUCAUCCAUACAUUAGAAUAAUUACGUUUUUUUUGUUGUACCUAAUUUAGGAAUAGUUUUUGUAAAUGAAAAAGUUAGGCCAAUUGUAUAAAGACGAAAAAAAUAAUAAAUUUUAUUUAUUACUCUCGUUAUUUCCUCCUACAAAACACCUACUCUUACAUUGUAGAAAAUUUAGUCGUUUGAAUUUCACAGAAUGUAAUCUACCCAAAUUAAAAUAAGUAACCCACCUUUUUAUUUAUCUGUAUACAUAGAGGGUGUUAAUUAAUUGAAUGCCGAUACUUCAGGAUGUGAAUAUUUGGAUGAUUUUAAGAAGAACUGUUUAUAUCAAUAUAUGUCUUAAACCUCUUAGUUUUCGAGCUAAAGGGUGUUACAAUUUUAGAAAAAAACUAUCAUAAUUUUCUUAUUACUCCAGAUAUUUUUAUGAAAUUAAUCCGGCAAUGGUAAAUUGGACGCAGAAAUAUAUUUAUUACCUGAGAGCUUAAAUGAGUUUUUUUAAUCCUAUAAGUAGGAGCAGAGUACGCGCAGAGAAGAUUCCGAAUAGGAGCAGAGUAAGAGCAGAGAAGAUUCAGAAUAGGAGCAGAGUAAGAGUAGAGAAGAUUCAGAAUAGGAGUAGAUUAAGAGUAGAGAAGAUUCAAAGUAGAAGCAGAGCAAUGCCAUUCUAAUUGUUAUAAUCACUAUUAUAUUAAAAGAGAAUAUGUGCAUGAAUACACUUUGCUAUAAAUAAAAAUUCUCAAUCAUCAAACGAAUUAUUUCUGGGGCGCUGCGCCCUGUCGGAUUAAAAGAACCUUUAAUUAUCAGCGCACAAUUUACCCAUAGGUUUAAAAUCUAUAAUCCCUUUUGCGCCCAAUUAACCAUAUUAAUCUACGAAUACAGGAAAUCCACAAUUAUGAAACCCACUUGAUUAAAUUCCGAUUUGAGCCACGUUAAAAACUCCAAACUUAUCGCUCAACUUCUUGAUCUAUACAACUUCACGUGCGUCGUUGCAAUUUCACUAAAUUCACUGGAAAAUCCACAGACCAAAACAAUUCCCUAAUCCCUAAUCGCAUCUUAAUUUCAGCGGCCUCUCUAUGACCGGGUAGAACCCCACCCUACCCAGAACCUCCCUCACCAACUCCAAAUUGUUCAGGGAGAACACGUGAACUCCGCCGAAGGAAUUCCCGUUCGCUAGAAUCCUCUUCACCAUCUCCCCGGCCUCGGUGAUCCCGAACUCCCUGGCGGCGGGGUCGUUCUCCUUCAGGCGCUUGACCGUCUCCAGGAGGGUCUUCGGGACGGGCACGCCGCAGAACUUCGAAACGGCCGCGAGGGUCCCGUAGGAGCUGAUGAUGAAGAGGCCGGGCACGACGGGAACGCGAAUGCCCGCCGAUCGGCAGCGCUCGAUAAAAUUCGUGAAGGCUGCCAGGCUGUAGGAGCCUUGGGUGAGGAUGAAGUCGGCGCCGCGCGAGACCUGGAA